AUGCAAAUACUGCAAGUACCACCCGGAGGAAGUUGCUUGACUGAUAGGAAUUGUAAAGGUGGUUCGAAGUGUCGAGAUGGUUGGUGCAUUUGUCCGGAAGCAUCGAUGAAAGUAAUCGAUUUUAACUGUGAAAAGGUCUAUAGUGACCCACUCCUCACAUUGAUACAGAAUAAUUCCUCAGCAACAAACUCAUUAACAAGCGAUAAUAGAAUUAUGAUUCCGCGAAUAAGUUUGUCCGCUCUAAGCAUUGCACCAGCCUCGGCAAAAAUGCUCGAAACGAUUGAGCGUCCUGCAACGUUUCCAACUUUCGUCUCCAAACUUCAUGUUGACUCUUUAACCUCAUCGACAGUAUCGCUGCAGUACGUUGGAGAUGUGCAACCUGCUGCUGACGUUAGUCAGUGGAAAACAGCAACAGCUGUUUCAACUAUCAACGAUAUCACUCUUGCUACAUCGAUACCGAUUCGCCUUCCAGGCCAACCACGAAUCACUGGGCCACCAUUGCGUAGACCACGUCCUCAAACGGCUACAGUGUCAACCUACAAAAUUCAACCUGGAAAUGGAAUAUGUCCUACUCCAGAUAAUGUUGUUCGUGAUGAGAGCACCAACUAUUUGAUAAUUUGUAACGGUGAGAAACCGCUGUGUCCACCAAAUUCCUACUGUUACGUUACUGGAUAUGCUGAUCAAGAAUACAAUUGCUGUAGGUCCUGA